UACGACAUUUUACUGUCUAGUUUGCAGCAAGGAUGUCUGAACGCAGUAUUAGGGAAACAAGUGCACUCAUGACAGCUGUUAAGUUGCAUUGUGUGCAAUGAAAUAAAAUAAAAAUAUUUGGCCGUUUCGUGCAGAAUUUCUGAUAAAUAUCUUCAAAAUUGGCUUAAUACAAUCAUCAUUUCGGCCAAGAAGCAACAGCGCAAGCAAGCUUCGACGGAAGCCGACGACGAGAAUGGCCAUUGGGCGUUAUCAACAUCUGCACAAGCGGAACUGCGUCGGAAUGGUGCCAAUUUUCUUUUCUUUCCUAGCCGGUGUUUGCCUGACAGUGCUAAUCGGUGGAAUCAGACAGACAUGCGAACCGAUAGAAAGGAUUUACGAGCCGGAAAAUUCAUACUUCCUGAUGUUGCUCAUCGUAAGUGCUCCGGGAAAUGUCGAACGUCGGAACGCAAUACGAGAAACCUACCUAAACCUACGGCCGCGAAUGUUAAAUGAAAGCUACCAGGACGAUGCUAUCUACGUACCAUUGUACGAUGACCACACAGGCCAGCUACAGUUGGAGAGUGUUUCGAAACAACGAGAUUUGCUAGAAAGCUAUCAAAAGUGGCGACAGAAAUCCAUUAAAAACAUAAAAGUAAUCAACUUCAAAAUAAAAACGCUGUUUGCUGUCGGAACAUAUGGUUUAUCUCGCGGCGAAAGGAAAACUAUUUAUGAAGAACAACGAGUUUACAAUGAUGUCUUGGAGUUGGGCAAUUUGCAGGAUUCUUAUGCAAAUUUGACGACAAAAAUUAUUCAGAGCAUGAGUCACAUCGACGAAGUCUAUGAUUUCAAAUAUUUGAUGAAACUGGACGACGACAGCUACCUGAAGUUAGAUCUUUUAUCGGAAGAUUUGUUAAGUUACUACGAAAAGCUCCAUCAACUGCGGAUGAGACAUCCAACUCCGAUAGAACUGUAUUGGGGUUACUUCAAGGGAGCAGCCACCGUCCAACAGCGAGGCAACUGGAAGGAAACGAACUUCAAGUUGUGCGAUCGUUAUCUUCCCUAUGCACUUGGAGGAGGCUACGUGUUAUCUAAAAACCUUAUCUCAUUUAUCGCCAAGCACGGUUCGUCACUUAAUACCUACAAAAGCGAAGAUAUGGCGGUAGGAACUUGGCUGGCUCCAUUCGCCAACAUACAUCGUAGACACGACGUGCGCUUCGAUACGGCGUGGAUACCGAGGAAAUGUCAGGACUAUCAUUUGGUGUUACAUAAACGGACGGCUCAUCAAAUGAAAGAGAUCUACGAUGGCCAAUUGUGCAACUUUGCGGAACCAAAUGCCGCGGAGCCUCAGCGACCAAAAGAGUACUUUUACGAUUGGAGCGUUGCACCAACACAAUGCUGCAAGGUUUUCGUUUAGAGCCUCUAAAGAACACCAGUAUUUUACUUUCGGAUAAGGAAACCUAUGUUUAGUUUAAGACAAUGUGAUAGCAGGGCACCGAGUUCGCCGCGUAACGGUUUAUCUUAAUGCAGCUUCGAUUCGUAUUAACUAUGAAGCACGACUAAAUGUAAAUAUCUUAUCGAUAAAGUUAACUAAUAGAGGCAGCAAUCGUUUCCCAAAAAUGUAUCGGAGACACAUUACAAUAUAAAUUUAUUAUUUCUAAUCGA